GCCCUCCCUCGCGCGCUCACGACAGCGGGUCCAGAGAACGUGCGUUUCUAACUUUUUUUGGAACUACCAGCGAGAUUACCAGCUGCCGUUUUGUCGCGUUUGGAAGCUGUUUUCCUGCAAAAAACACAUCCAGUUUAAUAUCCCUUUUCACAUAGACGCACCUGGAGUGUUCCCCCCUUCCCCUGUUCAAACUCGAUUCCUUUCAUGUGACGGACCCUGAUCCUAUCCCGACUUUCAACCUGCAAACCAACGUGUGUGACAACCAGCGUAAACACACACACACAAACCAUCCAACAGGACUGACAUCCACCAGAAACUGGAACGUACAAUCAUCCAGUGAGAGACACAGACGGCUACUGAAGCAGCCUGUUAGAUAUUCAGGUGACCCGCAGGACAGAAGGGCAGCCAUGUUGAUCAUCUUAGCCUUCAUCAUCCUCUUCCAUGUGGCUGCAGCCAUCCUGCUCUUUGUUGCUACCAUUCACAAUGCAUGGUGGGUGGUGUCGCAGGCUGGCCUUGAUGUAGUCUACGCCGACCUGUGGUACUCCUGUAACUCCACCUGCUAUCCUGUGGAGAACAGCCAUACUGCUGAUGCAGCGUACCUGCAGACCAUCCAGGCUACUAUGAUCCUUGCCACCAUUUUAUGUUGCGUCAGCUUCUUCGUCUUCAUCCUUCAGCUCUUCAAGCUCCAACAGGGAGACAGAUUCAUUUUCACCGCUAUCAUCCAGCUAUUGGCCGCUCUAUGUGUGAUGAUCGCAGCGUCCGUCUACACGGCUCAGAAGAACAGUUUCCAUGUGGCCAGUCUCCGGGAAGGCUCCUACGGCUCCUCCUACAUCCUAGCCUGGAUCAGCUUCCCGAUGACUCUAGUCAGCGGCCUCAUGUACCUGGUGCUCAGGAAGCGCAAAUAGAUGUGUGGCACACGCCCGCAGAUAUCCAACAAUAUAAACAGGAACACUUGGACACAUGCAUAAAGUCAUACACUUUGACUCAACUAACCAGCAUGCUAACAAUCUGUCUCUUUCCCUUAGGUUUUUAUAACAGUGGAGAAAAGGAAACACACCCCCAAUAACUUAUAGUCUCAGGUUCAGGACCAGAGUUUCCAACAAUAAAGCAACACAUCUUUGUCUACUUUACACACCUAAAGCCCCAAAUUGUUGUACACCCUUCUUCUUCUUGAUGGUACAUUGUUCUCACUGAAAUCACCAAAACGGCAAAGGCUCUCCAGACACCCAGUUAGCACAAUUGACUUUUCUUUACACUUUUUUUUUCCAUAAAAGUGCCCUAAACACACUUUAAACAGUUGACUGAACGAAACUACAGUGAGUUUGACCGUAUUAUUUUGCAUUACAUCUAAUAAAACAUGUUUUUGCAAACAUAUGACAAAAAAUGCCCUUUUGCAAACUGUUCUGGAUAGAUUCAGAUGAGCAAAUGCACCACACUUUCUCCACGUAGUUACUGCUUUGGAUAGGAAACGCCCCUAGCUGCAUUUAGUGAGAACAUGCUAUCACCAUCCUUUGACCACUUUUCCCCCUUAGCUUCAACACAGGACGUUGUUCCAACAUACUGUCCUCUUUUCUCAUUGUGUCCUUUUGACCGUUCAUAGGAAUCUGUAUAAAAUUCCUAAUCACGAAGGAUAAAAGUCAAAGACAAGUAGGGAGAUUUGUCUUAUUGGGACACAGCCUCUGGACUUUAUGAAGGGUCCAUAUUUUUUUUGUUGUGAAUCUAUAGUCAAUUGAAUUGAAUUUGUACAUAUUUGCUGUGUAUGUAUAGUUUAAGUCAUUGCCAAAAGCUUAUUUCUAAGACUAAAAUAUCUAUAUGAAAACAUAUUUUAAAAAAAAAUCUUAUGUUAACCAUAGCAUGCAGGACUUGUAGUGAGGCACUAGUUGAAGUAUAAUAUGUAGGAUUUUAAUUUGUUAUUCGUAUUCUUCUUUUACUGAUUUGUGUUUUGAUGAUGAAAAAGGAACCAAUGAUGUGCUGUGAUAUCCGGGAUUUCAAUUGUCAACAGAGGAACGUGCAAACUUGAAAUAAGAAUGAACUGUUCUUUGUUACGCUUUUUGUUUGUUCACAGCUUCACUGAGAAAAAUCCAUCGCUAUUUAUUGUUUAAAACCACUGUUGUGUAUUGAGCAUCAUGUGACAAAGGAUGUAUGAAGUAAUUAAGUCUUGCCAUAUUCGUUUCCCUCUUUGGCCGGGCUAUACUGUUUGUUUGAUCCAUUACUGAAACAUCUCUAACACUCCUAUUUGUGCUCCGGCAUUUAACAACAAUAAAUGUGUUACUGUACUGUA